AUGGGCCAACCUCAAACCUUCGGCUGGAUCUGGCCCAAAGACCAACGCCCCGGCAAACCCUCCCACUGGUCCCGCCGCUGGCGUUUCCGUGACAUCCUUACCAACAAGGGCCCCGACAUCUAUGUCGGCGUGAUCGGCAAAAGGAAGGGAUCAGGAGCCGGAACCGGAACAAACUGGCACCGAUGGACGAACGAUGUCACCAACCCCGGUGAAACAGAGGAGAAUGACACGCCCUUUCCUUGGGCUCGUCGGGGUCCCGGCGUGAGAUACGACUUCCGGCAACGGAAGUACCAAGUUCCGAACCUUGCCACUUGGAGUAAAGUUGAUUAUUGUACCGGAGCGAGAACUGGGGGACGGUUCACGAGGCCCGAGGUGCAUUAUGUGCCGAGGAGAUUUUGGGAUAAGAAUGGUAAUGAAUAUCCGUGUCAGGGGUGGCAUGAUUGGCAGCAUGGGUAUCAUGUUGAUCGCUAG